AGAGCGAGAGAAUGGCCGUAGUAAUGAACACAGGGAGGUCGUUGGAGUCGACGGCGACGUGGGCGGUGGCGGUGGUUUGCUUUGUGCUGAUUGCUAUAUCAAUUCUCGUUGAGAAAUUCUUUCAUGUUAUUGAAUCGUGGUUGAAUAAAAAGAGAAGAUCGUCUCUAUGUGAAGCACUUGAAAAGAUUAAAACAGAGCUUAUGCUGUUGGGGCUCAUGUCAUUGCUGCUAUCAAUUUUACAACAAUACCUUUCAGAAUUAUGCGUUCCCUAUAACGUUGGACACUCAUGGCAUCCUUGCAAAGAGAAAAGUGGUAAACAAUAUCAAGAUCCAUGUCCAAAGGACAAGGUACAACUCGUCUCAGCAUAUGGCAUCAACCAGCUUCAUAUAUUCAUUUUUGCAUUGGCUGUUUCUCACAUAAUAUGCAGCGUCACAACCUUAAAUUUGGGUGGACUAAAGAUAAAGAAAUGGAAAUCAUGGGAAGAAGAGACAAUGACGGUUAACUACCAAUGCAACAAUGAUCCGGAGAGGUUCAGAUUUGUGAGGGAGACAACAUUUUCACGAAGGCAUUUGCGUUUUUGGACCAAGUAUCCCAUCCUCCUAUGGAUUGGCUGUUUCUUUGGGCAAUUUUUCACAUCAGUAGCAAAAGUGGACUAUUUAACACUCAGACAUGGAUUUAUAACAGCACAUCUGAAUCCAACACCUCAGAGCCAAGCAACAUUCAAUUUUCAAAAGUAUAUCAACAGAUCACUGGAAGAAGACUUCAAAGUUCUAGUUGGAAUAAGCCCUGUGGUAUGGUUAUCAGCUGUACUGUUCCUCCUCACCAACACCAAUGGGUGGUAUUCACAAUACUGGCUGCCAUUCAUCCCUCUAAUUAUAAUUCUUCUGAUCGGGGCGAAAUUCCAAGUUAUCAUAACUAAAAUGGGAACAAGUAUUCUAGAGAGAGGAGAUAUAGUCAGGGGCACUCCAGUAGUACAGCUUGGCGAUGACCUGUUCUGGUUCAGUCGACCACGUGUGAUCCUAUUCUUAAUCCACUUUGUUCUUUUCCAGAAUGCAUUUCAGCUUGCUUUCUUUGCCUGGAGUUGGUACGAAUUUGGAUACCCAUCUUGCUACCACGAGAACCUUGAGGAGAUGUUAAUCAGGAUAACAAUGGGUGUUACAAUACAGGUUCUCUGCAGCUACGUAACCCUCCCCCUCUAUGCGUUAGUCACACAGAUGGGCUCAUCAGUCAAGCCAGUCAUUUUCAGUCAGCGAGUUGCAUCAGCGCUACGCACAUGGCGCCAAAGAGCAAGCAAGAGACUGAGACAGAGGAGGCAAUCCCGGGGGAGCACCCCUGCUGAUGGAGGUGCUUCCCCAGUGCAUCUCUUACGUGAGCACAUGAAAUAUAAUGAUAUCCACAAAGGUAGAGAGGGUGGUGAAGGAGCAUCAGCAUCUCCCAGCCACCGUGAUAUAGAUUAUAUGAUGAGGAAGAGCAGACAUCUAGGUAAGUUGAAAAGGAAUGACACUGAAACUAGUUCGCAGAACUUCUCUUUUGGAAAUAGGCCGAAUUUAGCGGGGAUGGAUGGCUCUAUAUCAGCACAUCCCAGCCACCACUAUAUUGAAGAUAUGGCGAGGAACAGCAUAUCUGAUCGGAUAGAAGGAAGUGAUACUGAACUUAGUUCACAGGAAUUCUCUUUCAGAGAUAAGCCAGAUCCAUCAGGAGUGAGUGGCUCUAAGUGGUAAAUGAACAUCUUGAAAUAUGUGAAUUUAUCUGAUGAUCACACAAAUUUGGUUAUAAUUAAUAUUUCAGAUAUACAUAUAUAGAAACUUAUAGAACACAUCUUGUGAUAUAGCAACAAUAUUG